CAAGGUAACGCGCGACAACAAGGUGGUCAUGUUAGAAUGUGAUAUUUGGCAACCGCAUCCGAGCGCGUGUUUAAACAUUACAAGCAUGGAAUUUCCUUUGGAGGACAGAAGCCCCUCUUUCCACUAUAUGGUACGAGCCUCUGGACAGGGUGAAGUGUGGCAAGGCGAAGACUCCAAAUUUGACCAGUACGGCUGGCGCUGCUCCACCGGCGAAGACUCCUACUCCACGGGCACCCUCAUCGGCAACUGGUCAGAAGAGCGCUUCGAUAUCCGUCAUGCAUCUCAACGUCGCCCUCUACCGUCUCAGUUCUCCCACUAUUUUGAAACAACAUAUUCUUCUUCCUACAAGAGAGACGAGAAGCACUCCUUGCACACCACUGGCUUUAACAAAGAAGCUCAUGCUUUCCCUGGGCACCAGCCUGAACUGGAUCCCCCGCACAUCCGGUGUGUUCCCAGCUCCAGCUACAGAGUGGACUUCAAAGAUCACAUGACAUCGAAGGGCCGCAAAGGGCCACAGGCUGCCCCUCAGACUCACUAGGUGGGGAAUGCAAAGGGUCCGAAAAACACCCCUCUGAGUUCAUUCUUCACUUUUGGGUAAUAAUCAGCCUGCGGUGGCGUGCUAUCACGUCACAGCCUCGGAGAGCCACUGGCUGUAUGAGCAGAGCGAGAUUAGAUGAAUGACCCUCUCAUAUUGUUUUAUUCAGUUUGAAUGAAUUUUCUAUCCUGGUUGUUGCCGGAUUGGCUUUGGGCCUAACUCCAUCUUUCAAAGCGAUCAAGCUGUGUCAUGGCUGCAUUUCAAACUGCACUCUCUCGUUGUGUAAACUCAGGAUUGUUAAGCUGAUUUCCCGUGCCUUAAAUUCGAAACUUUUCACUCGCAAAACCCACGCUGGACUGUCCAAAUGAAGAGUGAAAUUACCAUGGCACACACAAUGGCUGCAUGUGGUGAAUGCAUUUGGAGUGGACAUUACAGUUCAGCUCAAACUCAUUGAUUUAUUUUAUUUAAACUUGCUGGUAAAAAUAGUAAAAAUUACAGACGCCAAAGACAUCAAAUCUCUUAAAACGUUACUAGCUCUUGCCACACUUCCAAUAAAUUAGCCAUUUUAAAAUUACAACUGCAUUCCAUGUUCUUGUAUUACCCUGAAGGUAGGUAGAAUUAAGUUGCAGACACACCAUUUGUAUCAACACAGCAAAAAUACUACUGUGUUAAAAUCUAUUUGAAUACAAUUUAUCCCUAUUUGACUAUGUAAAUUGUGUUAUAGUUGAAUUAACAUUUUAAAGCAAAGAGGAUACAUUUUUCAGAAGUCUUGGUUCCAAUACACUGGUUCACUUGGCCAAGAGAGGAGGCCUGGAUAAUGAAUUUUAUGAUACUCUUAUCUCUGCACACCUGGACUUCUACACUGGCCUGUAAUCUAUGUGAGCAUGGCAUACUGUACUCUAUGCACACGCAAUGCUAAUAAAAUAAAGCUGAUUUGAACA